AUGGAGUCGAGAACUAAACCUCAACCACUCUCCACCAAAGAGACUGGAAUGUCAGCUCUCCAGGGCUCUGAGCAGGUCAGCGACGCGUCGAGUCUCAUCCGUCCCAUGUCCUCAUUGACGGUUACUCGCCGUCUAGUGGAUUCUGAUCCUGACGAGGUCUUCGAAUUGAUACGUCUGUUCCAAGAGGACAGUAGCAUCCAGAAAGUAGAUCUUGGCAUCGGCGUCUAUCGCGAUGACGACGGGAAGCCGUGGCCCUUGCCCGUGGUGAGCAAAGUGGAAAUGAAGUUAUUUUUCGACGGCGGCCGCCAUCGCCAUGAGUAUCUUCCUAUGAAGGGGGACCCUGAAUUCAUGAAGCUCGCUCAGGAUCUCCUUUUUGGACCGGGUCUCGACGACAUUCCUGUUCCUGAGACUGAUGGCCGAACGCGCAUCGUGUCUGUGCAAACGACCGGUGGUUGCGGUGCCAACACCGUUUGUGCCAAGUAUAUAGCCAAUCAUUUAAAACCAAAGCGUGUUUGGCUGCCCGAGUUUACGUGGUCUAACCACCCCUCGACCUGGAAGCUCGACGGUGCCGCUCUUGAGACGUACCGCUACAUCUUGCCCGGACAACCAGUGUUCGACGUUAAUAGCAUGCGUUUCGAUCUGGAAGAACGCGCCGAGCCGGGCGACAUUGUCAUUCUGCACGCUUGCGCCCACAACCCGACUGGCUGUGACCCGACUGAGAAGCAGUGGGAGAUGAUUGCGGAUGUGUGUGAUCGCCUGGGGCUCGUCCCGUUCUUCGACUGCGCCUACCAGGGCUUUGCGAGUGGUUCGGUCGACCAAGACGCCUUCUCUAUACGCCAUUUUUUCUUGCGUAAUUUUAAGACUGGAUUUUUCGUUGCGCAGAGUUUUUCCAAAAACUUCGGUUUGUAUGGCCACCGUGUCGGAGCUCUGCAUGUUGUGAUGCAUAGCGACGCUGUGUCUGAGCGGGACGCGGUCGAGCAGCAGCUCUCACGCAUCAUCCGUGACGAGCAUUCCAUGGCCCCCCGUCGGGGAAGUGAUAUUGUCAAGAACAUCCUGCGUUACGAGCACUUCACAGCUGAAUGGCUUCGAGAUCUCUCAACUAUGGUUUUUCGUCUGAACGAUAUGCGCCAGAUGCUGUACGAGCACCUCGUCGGAAUGCGGACCCCGGGAAACUGGGACCAUAUCGUGGACCAGAAAGGAAUGUUCGCCUUCACUGGACUCACCAAGGAGCAGGUUAUUGCUCUUCGCGAGAAGCACCAUGUCUAUCUCUUGUCCAAUGGACGCAUCUCCCUUAGCGGUUUGACUACCAGAAACGUCCGCUACGUCGCCGAAGCAAUUGACGAUGUUGUUCGCACCGUUUGCCCUGAGAAAGAGAGCUGA